AUAUCCGAACUAAUUAUAUCUGCUUUCGGCCAUCUUGUCGCAAACAGAUGUGGAUCAUGAGGGAACUCGACAUUUUGGGACCGAUUUAGGACUAAUCUGGGAAAUGUACAUCCAGAAGACUGAAGUAGAUCUAAGCUACGUUUCUUCAUAGCUAUUCUCGCGAAAUUUGAAGAGUUUAUUCAGUUGUUGAGAACUGCGUUUCCUUUUAAUGUGAUUGUAUACAAGAGAUGUCCAGGAUGCCCAACCUGACAACAGUCCACGAGACUGGGUCCCACUCCCAUGGUGGACACCCUCAUUCUCGAGUUAGCUCACGGUCACAUGGAGAUGAUUCAACCAAUUCUGGCUCAUCAAGGAGUAGGGGUAGAACAGGUGAUGACCAACCCCAUGUUGGCAAAUACCGUCUCAUCAAGACUAUUGGCAAGGGAAAUUUUGCCAAAGUCAAGCUGGCAAAGCACAUCCCAACUGGCAAGGAGGUUGCAAUCAAGAUCAUCGACAAAACACAACUGAAUCCUAGUAGUUUACAAAAGGUGUACAGAGAAGUUAAAAUUAUGAAAUUACUAGACCAUCCAAAUAUAGUGAAAUUGUUUGAGGUGAUAGAGACGGACAAGACGUUAUACCUUGCAAUGGAGUAUGCCAGCGGAGGUGAAGUCUUUGACUAUCUUGUAGCACAUGGAAGGAUGAAGGAGAAAGAAGCCAGGGCCAAGUUCAGACAAAUUGUGUCUGCUGUACAGUACUGUCAUCAAAAACGAGUAGUCCAUAGAGACUUAAAGGCAGAAAAUUUACUACUUGACAAAGACCUAAAUAUCAAGAUAGCAGAUUUUGGCUUCAGCAACGAGUUCACGAUUGGCUGUAAGUUAGAUACCUUCUGUGGCAGUCCACCCUAUGCAGCUCCGGAAUUGUUUCAAGGCAAGAAAUAUGAUGGACCCGAGGUGGACGUCUGGAGUUUAGGGGUCAUCCUCUACACGCUGGUCAGUGGGUCAUUACCCUUUGAUGGACAAAAUCUCAAGGAACUGAGAGAGCGAGUAUUACGAGGGAAGUAUAGGAUACCAUUCUACAUGUCAACAGACUGUGAGAAUCUACUCAAGAGGUUUCUAAUGUUGAAUCCAGCCAAGAGAGCCAUGUUAGAGACGAUAAUGAAGGACAAGUGGAUGAAUGCUGGGUUUGAGGAGCAUGAGCUGAAACCUCAUCAAGACAACCAGGAGGACUUCUAUGAUGAGAGAAGGAUAGAAACCAUGACUGGUAUGGGCUUCAAGAGGAAGGAGAUUGAAGACUCACUCAGGAAUCAUAAGUAUGAUGAGCACUACGCCACCUACCUCCUCCUUGGAAGGCGGCAUAGUGAUCAGGCUGAAGAUGCAGACUCUACGUCAGGCAGCUGUCUAUCACUACCCCAGCGCACCGUGAGUGAUCUGAGCUCCUCCAUCACACAAUCACCGUCCUCCCAGGGUAAGAAACAGCGCAGCAUCCCAUCCAAUCAGAAAGAGAGACGAUUUAGUCAUGGCGGGGAGAAUUACGUCGUCAGGAAAAGAGGGCAGCACUCCUAUAAACGUCACAUGGACAGUAGUUUGAAGGAGAACAUGGGCAAUCCACCACAUAGAGACAGAGGACGCUCUAGCCACGGUCCCAUCGGGUCUAAGGAUAGCAGCUCACAGUCCAACACAAGCAACAAUCCCAACCAGUCAGAUAUACCUGACAGGAAAGCCAAAUCUACGCCAAAGAGCGCCAGCAAACUGCCAACAAAGACUCCUCCUGGUAUGAGUAGGAGAAACACGUAUGUCGCAGGUGAGAGGGAUUUCCCUGGCUCAAGUAGAACCAAUGGCAGCAGUGAAAGGUCAACAAGACAUCAGAAAUCCUCCUCAACGUCCAGUCAUCCUGUCAAAGGGGCACUCCUCCCGCCCAUUGACGACCCCAGUAAUCGGCCCAGUACUGCACCUAACAAGAGACACCAAAUAGGGGGUUCACCUAGUGUGAGGGGGCCACCAGUACAAGGCUCUAAUCUUCAUAGAGGUACCGUCAACCGAGCUACCAUCCAUGGUGCACCAGGUAGGCGACCCAUGUUCAAUGGACCUGCAUCGGCCCAGGGUAGUUCACAGGAUACAUCUACCAGGAACAUGGGUGGCCCACAUAACAUCUCCUUAUUCAGCAAGUUUGCUUCCAAGUUUAGCAGAAGGUCACUAGUAAUGGCAGAACCCCCUUCAGAGUAUGUGAAGCCAAGGUCACUGCGCUUUACCUUCAGUAUGAAGACGACUAGCUCCAAAGAGCCAGACUCCAUCAUCGGUGAGAUCCGCCGUGUUCUUGAGUCCAACGGCGUGGACUUUGAACAGCGUGAGCGCUAUCUAUUGUUUUGUGUACAUGGCGAUGGGCGGGGAGAUAACCUCAUCCAAUGGGAGAUGGAGGUGUGCAAGCUACCACGCCUCUCGCUCAACGGGGUGCGCUUUAAACGGAUAUCAGGCACCUCCAUGGCCUUCAAGAACAUUGCCUCCAAGAUUUCCAAUGAACUGUGCUUGUGAAGUGAUGCCGGAACCAUUCAGCAACAUGACAGCUGCGACGAGAUUCAAGUCCAACUUGGUUAGAUAGCACCGUAUCUGACAUACGCUCAAGGAGAGCGUGUGUUUGCGGUUGCUACUACCAUCCAUAUCCUCCACACUUUCAUAAUACCGUCUGCUUUGUAUGUGAACAAGAUGACAUCACAUCAUGGCAUCUUGAUCUUUGAAGCAUCUUUUUAUCAUCUGUGAAGAAGCUCCUAGAACUGCACUCUUCUGUACGCAUAUUUGUAAUGUAGCAAUACAAACCAGAUUGCGCACCAUGUUCACCCAACUCUUAUACCUAGUAGAUGCAAUGUAAGAUAAUCACUCUCAUUCUUGAUGUUCUUCAGGAUUCAAAUCUACACCAGCUCACAGAAGAUUCCCAAGACUCUACAGUGUUGCUGUUUUUGUUUGAAUCAUCAGAAGGAAGAAAUAUGAAGCAGACACCAAAGCACAGUACAUUCAAAUCUAGUGUAAAAUCUCCAGAUUCUGCUCAUGUCUUACCUGAGUAAGAAUGUUUCUUGCAAAAAACUCAAAUUGAAAUUGAGGUAACAUAGAAAAGAUCCUUUCAACUUAGGCCAAUCUCAGAAGAAGAAGAUGCAAUCUGCUGUGAGAUGUUGAUCUAUUUGACCAUGUCCCUUUAUCUAUUAGGAUGUGUGAUGUGGGUAAUUGACAAGCAGGGUAUGUAACCUUCUUUCAGGAUCUUUUCAUCAAGUAUGUUAUCUCUUUGAAUCCACUGCCUCACCCGUCGUAGCUGCAUGUUUAUAGGCCCUAGCUAGCUUGUCUGAGAUGAGAACAAGCAGAAGGAAGGAAGGAAGGGCCUACCACGAUUGACCGUUGCUUCGUCGGCUUCGGAUCGUGAUGAUGAGACUGUCAUCAAAGACCACGCUGAAUGGUUCCACAUAACAUUAUUCGCUUUACGUUUACCAAAACGGAAAAGCGUCUUAACUGCCAAAAGAAGGAGCCCUUGUGUUUGAUGAUGUAAUCAUCAAGCUGGGGAAGAUGGGAUGUACCUGGGCUAUAAGUGCCAUUUAGUAGCCAGCAUGGUACAGGAGAAAGCAUCGAUGGAAUGGAAUUGUUUUUAAAUAGUAAUUCAAGUGAUAUAUGACUUAUAACUAAGAGUGUUUCUGCAUCACUUUUUUCUUCUUUUUUUUCUUCGUGCAAAGUGAUGCAGAAAAGAAAAGCUAAUUUAUGUGAAUAUCGGUGAUUAAUGGAAUAAACCUUUCAUAUGGGUUUAUAGUACAUAUCGCAUUCAGAAUGAAUGAAUGAAUGUUAGGGGUUUGUCAAUGAAGUUGAAGACUCGAGUCACAAGGAUUUAAUGUGUGCAUACUUAUAACAUAGAAUAACAUGGGUCAUACGUAGUGCUCAAUAACAUUCACUGUUUAUUAUUUCAUCUGGAAGGAAAGAAAAUAAUGCAGUCUGAUAUACUAACUGAUGUAAAAACAAAAUAACCUACAUCAAUACAAAUAUAACUGCUACUUUGUGGAAGUAUGUAACUUUUGUAAUUUUGAUAGAAUUGACCAUUGUAUGUUCUAUAGCAGUUAUUUCAGCGAUAAAUGUCCGGUAAAUUGGGCCUCAGACUUUUAUACUAGUCCAAUCAGUCUAAUGUCAGCUCCAGUAAAAUUACGCAGACUAUAUGAUCAGGCAGGCAAGAUGAUUGAACGUAGAGCAUUAUCCAGGUCCCAGGUAUUAUUAAGUUAUGCCACAUUUAAAUCUGUGUUUCUGGCCAUUUUCAUGAAGGAGGUUUAACCAGAUAUUUCACAUCAAACUUAUGCAAAUUGAACCCUAAAUUUUCAUUUUCUAUUUGUCAUUUUUUGCUUAUUGAUGGUUAAAAGAGCUUCUCCAUUUCAUAUUCAAUACCCCUCAGACUCACAGCCUUUAUUUUAAUUUUCCCCUAAUUUAUUCAUCAAAUUUGAUUUGCUAAUGUUUUUGUUUUGACAAGAUUCUUUGAAUUUGUAGAUGUUCUGGUUGGUAUAUUAAUAAGGUUGAUGUGACCAAAACCCUUUGUGAUGUCAUUCAGAAAUGAUGUGGUGUAUAGAAACGCAUUUUGUCCAUCAUGACCAUUGAGGUCUUUAGUCUUCACUCAUAUAGAAAGAUCCCUAACUCGCGCUAUUCAUUGUUGAGAGUUGGAGGUAAGAAAAGAAUGUUUGGUCAUUUUAACGUUGAACCUCCUUUGUGUCACAUGGCCUUUCUACGAGUGAGUUUUACACAGCGUUUUGUCACUGCUUUCAAAUUUUGCCAAGCACUGUAGCAUAAUGUUGAACCCAUGGCAGAUUUUAUACAUACUCCUGGGCUGCAUUGUGUUGUCUGGAGCAGUUGGAGUCCCCAGUAUCAUAUUGGAUGGUGUAUGUCCACAGCUGUAUCAUCUCAAAGAGCCACUAGAUCCUCUGCGUUACAUCCUCCACCAAAUUUUACACAGCUAUCAACAUGAUUGCAAUAACACUCAGAAAAAGAAGGAAAAGAAUGUAAAAUGUUAUAACUUAUUGCACCCAAUAGCUUCCUUUUCUUUUCUUUUUAAAUCGAUUGAAGUUAACUUCUGUUACACAGCAGUGCUUUCAUCGAAGAAGAAAAGUGUUUGGCAAAAUUUUGUGGCAGUGCAAAAACAUGAAGAUUGAACUUGCAGGUAUAGUUGAUGUACACAGUGUAGUGCACAUGUGUGAUUUAGCCACGGAAUGCUUAGGAUUCUUGCUCUCAGUUUAACUAUGUUCUACAAUAAACUAUUCAUUGAAUAAAAACAGGAAGUAAUGAAGAAAAAAAAAGUGAAGUAUCUGUACAUAACAUGUAAAGUAGAAGAAAAAAAUAUGUGGAAUAUGUUCUUGUACCAUAGAAACAAAAUAAUUAUGAAAGACAGUAGAGAAAAAAGGGGUUGCACUGUACAUGAAAACAAAUGACUGAUUUCUGGAAUCCUGAUUUGUUUUUGUUUUUGUUUUUUAAUCACUAUUAUUUAUUGUAGUUUGUUUUGAUUCUGUACAUCUUCAGCUGUCACCUUGAAUGUGUUUUAAUUUUGAGUCUUGUUUUAAGAUUGGGAUGGUUGCUAGGUUCUUCAAGUGCUGCACGUCUUCUAGCCUGCUACACCAAAGUUAACUCAUAGAAAAGAGUAUUUACUCCCAAGAUUUCUAAAGUGCGAUCAGAAGUGCCAUUUAAUCAUUGCUGAACAAGGGGUUGAGAAAGUUAUUGAAAUAUAGAAGGAUUAAUCCAAUAUGACUUCUCCAUCUAGAAAUUUGAUUGUGGCUUAUUGUUUUGUCCAGACAUCCAAGUGAAGUUUCUUUUCACACAAAUUCCUUAUGAAAUCACAGGUAGUGAAUUAUCAUACUCUUCACUGUGCAUCCCUACAGUAUAUCACAACAUAGCAUCAAGUGAAAUGAUGUCAGCAUCUCCUUCAAACAAUGGUUUCCUUCAUAAUGUGCUUCACAAAGCGUUACUUAAAUAAGUCAUCUAAUGGUACAUCACAGAUUUGUUUGUUUGCUGUUUUUAUAGUCUACCAUUAUGCUAUUCAGAUUAUCCAAAAGGCCAUUAUUCCUCAUGCCAACUUUCAAUGUACCUUAUCCUCCCUAUCAACCUCUCAUCAGCCACUAGCCUCAUAUUUUGUUCAUCUCAAUUCCAGAAUAUUGUCUUAAUGUGUAAUUUAUGUUUUUUAACUAUUCCAAAAUAUAGAGUUAUUUGUUCAGGGUAUUUUGCUGUAAUUGUAAUAAUAACAAUGCCGUUUUAUUUAUUUGAAAGAAAGAUAUACUAACUGGACCAUAGUUUGGGAGAAGACUAAAGCUUGAUUACUGUCAAUGAACCAAAGCAAAUGGACAGCUUUGAUAGAAUGUGAAGAAGGUUCGAUAGAAAUCUCUUCUUGGAGUGUGUGUGAAUGCAAGAAAACAAGUGAUCAGAGAAUUUAUCCUUUGGUUAUGAUUUGCCAGUGAUUUAAAUCAUGGCUUUGGAGCCUCAAGAGCAUUAACUCUGUGUUGAAGUAUAUGAGAUAAUGACUUUGGGGCUCCAACCAGAUAAUAUACAUGUAUGUUUAUUAUAUAAGAUAGAGUCCACUUCCAACAUUGAAAUAAAAAUAGCAAACUGAGUACUUAUUUCAUCAUUUUUUGUUGUCAAUAGAUGCUUGCAGCGAAUGUAUAUUACUUUAAAUUUAGGUCACCUUCAUAAUUUGUAAUGUUUUUAAAUUGUGUUUAAAAAAAAAGUGAUGAUGCUGAUGAAUUUAUCCUGUACAUUUCAUUGCAUAUGAGCAAGUCUUCAUAGUGCAAUGCAAAAAUGAAUAUAAAGAGAGACAGAUCAGUGAAUUUAGGGAAAGCUAUUUGAGAUAAGACUUCCAUACUAUGAAAGGCAUAAUGAGUGGGAAUUUGCAUUAUAUAUUGGGUUUGGGUAUAAAGGUAGGAAAGUAUAUAAAGAAGAAACAAUUUAAUGUCAUUCAAUUUCAAGGUUGUAUUCGAGAAUGUGAGUCUAAGAAAAAUGAUCACAUCAAUUAUUAUUAAAAAGUCCACAUGAAAUACUUCCCCAGGGUGUUGUCUGUCCAUCCAUCCCAUCCCCCUCUUUAAUAGUCUCAAUAAUUAUUUACUUCGAUUAGCAGAAUGCAUCAUAAAUCAAUCAUGUUGUUGAAACAAAGGUCGCAGGUCACACAGGUCAUUUCACAGUAUAUAUAAGCUAAGACAUAUUAGCAACAUGACUACAUGAGAUCUUCAAAAUGUAAGCAGUUUUUAAUAUGCACACUAUUAAAGACCAAUUUAUUUAGUCACUUCCGCUAAUAUAUCUUGAUAUGAUGCAUUUCGAGAAUCAAAAUAUUCCAAUUGAUCUUUUUGACAUAAUGGGUGUAUCUUAUAAUGGUGUAUGAGAGUAUCAGUAGUGUGAUAAUUGUUGACAUUGAUAUUUCCAUAUAGGGACCAAAACAAUGUCUUGAAUUUUGAAUAAUAAAGUGUUAGGGAUAAGAGAGAUGUGGACAAACUUUAAGCCCUUUAAAGAUACGAUACAUCUGCUGUUGAAAUAGCAAGGUAUUGUUUAUUGCCUUGUUUGAACAGCUGGUCAAAAUUGUAUCAGUACUGAUUAUUAACAUCUACAUUGUAAAGAGGGGAAGCGUGUAUGUGGAUUUCAAAAGCUUCAGACCAUGUACACUGGAGAUCAACUCUCUCUUUCUUUUUCUCCCUUUUUUAUUUGAUCCCAAAACAAGCUCUGUGCUCGAUGUCGGAAUGUGAUUAAUUGUGGAAUAUUUCCAAAAUUAGAUAGAUUCAUAAAUGAUUAUGGGUCGAUGUAAAACUAAACUGCCAGAAUAGAAUUGCAAAUAUGAUUGGAGGAAAAGUGAAUCGAUUAGUUGCUUGCCAGUAGCUGCUACCGUAUUGCUAUUUAUUUGACAAGGAUUGAGUUAAGAGUUCAAUUCAUUACUUGAGUCUCUAUAUAGCUAUGGGACUGGAAUCCUUUAUCUUUUAAACAGUCAGGAUUGUAAUGAUUUCCAGUGUUUAUGCUGAGAUUGCAUUGUGAUGCUGUUCCACACACAUACACUGAAUGCCUGUAAGUAUUUGAGCAGAGUGAGAAAAGGAAACAAAUGGUGUGUAACUAAUAGACAUUUGUAUGCACAAAUUGAUGUGUUAUUUUUAUAUGCUAGGUACAAGUAGUUAAUUGCAUGGAAAUAUACUUCUUCUUUGAAUUUGAAGGAGAAAUCAUUGCGGAAUGUGUUACAAUCAAUCCAAUGUCUGUUGUGUAUCAAGUCUAUACAAUUAUUUAUUUUUAAAAUUUGAUUCUGUUGUGUCUAGAUAUUGAAAGUCUUGGAGUGAACAUAUUCACCAAAGUGUAGCUCCCCCAUGGCCCUCCCCCAUGGCCCUCCCCCAUGGCCCUCCCAUGCUCUUUGCAAUGUUUUGCACCAUGUUUAGAAACCAAGUUUUACCCAAUGGCAAUACUCUUGUUUUAAUUGUUUCAUUCAUUCUAGAUAUGAGAAUGUUCUUCAUCUCUCCAAUUGUCUUACCUUUAGAUGAAUCUUUGAAGAUGCCAGUCUUGUGUCUGGCCUCUGGCAUAACCUAGUUUGUUUCUUGAAGUAAGAGGGAAGCCAAAGUUUUUCAAAUGUCUUGUCAUAUAAUAUUAUGUCCCUUUCCUGUGUCUAUCUUGUUUGUUUUCUUUUCAUUUGUUAUCUAAUAACGUGUGUGCGUGUUUUGUGUGCAUGCUUGUGUGAACAACAGCACAUGUUUGUGUUGUGCAUAUACCCAUGUCCCUUUUGACUAAAGCACAUUCAUGUGGACCAGAAUUACUAAAAAAAUCAGUCAAAUUACUACUGGUAACUAUUUCAAUGUAAAUCAUAUUCUUUCUUUUUUUACUUUCUCCUAUAUGUUCACACAAUUUUUUUUUAACAAAGUCAAUAAAAUGCAGAAGUGAAUGUAGUUCAAGAUUCUUGAAAUAUUUUGGCUUCCUGACAGUGUGAGAGUUGACAGCAUAAUAUGAAGCUUGUACAUUUCAGUGAGAAUGAAAAACAUAUGAUAUGGAACGCUGCCUACUCUUACUAGUUAGUCACGUGUACAUUUUUGCAACCUUUUUUUUCUGUUUGUUUGUAUGGAAAUCUCAUGGAAACCUCAGAUAGGAUGACAACGUGUAGCAGUGCAAACCCCUCUUUUUGUCCUUGUAUGUAAAGGCCUAAAAAAAUGAUGAGAAUUAAAAUGACAAAAUUUGUCAGAACAAAA